UUCAUGCAUUAUAUCAAUCCCGAAAAGUACGGUUCCUGAUAUUUUACACUCCUAUUAAAUACCAUUCCAACCAAUAUUCCGGUAUUCAUAAAUAUUUUAUCAUAAAAUACAGAUCCUAUUGAGUAGUUGUCCGAUUCGUACGCGCCCUCGUUAAAACUACACCUAUGAAUAAAUAAAGAAGUAUACAAUUUUAUAGAAUAAAAAUAAGUUGGUAGUACUACAGACAAUUAUCUGUAGGAGUUAUCAUUUAUUAUGAGAUUAUUAGAACAACAUGAUGCCGACAUCGAAAUCAGAUUAAAUUAUAAACAUCACAUAAUUCAAGUUAUGUCAACAUUUCAUUUAUUAAAGAAUUUAGUUUAGUCGUAUAAAUUUAAUCUCAUUAAUCAAUUACUUUAUUAUUUAUCAGUUAAAAGUCCGUUUAAUGAAAUUAAGUUUGUUAAAAAGUUGAAUAACUAUUGUAGAAGGUUAAAAAUGACUUCUCGGCCACGUAAACAAAGUUUAUUUGCCCAAAAAAUGCAAAAACAAAGAGAAAAACAAAAUAUGGAUGUUAUAAAUAAAUGUGAAUUAGAUGAAAAUACAUUUGGUUCUACUAGUAAAAUAUUAACUGGUCCCGAAGCAAAUAAUAUACACAAAGAAAAUGUAAAAAAACUCACUAGUAUGAGUGUUGAAGAAAUACUCAAAGAAAAAGAAGAACUAUUGAAUAAGUUAGAUAGUAAAAUUAUUGAGUUUUUAAAAAUAAAACAUAGUAAUGAUAUAAAAUUAGGAACAUAUAAUAUAAAACAAAAAGAUAGUAAUAGAGUUCAGUUUGCAAAAAAUUUUCAAAAAGAUGAUAACAAAAUAUUACCACACAUAAAUGAUUUAGUAAAUAAUGGUUUAAAUAUGGAUAUAAUUGAAGAAGAGAAACUUAAUUGGAUUGGGGAUGUUGAGACAGUUAACCAAAUCCAAGAUAUUUAUACAGCACGCUUUGGUCUUGAUGGAAAAUUAUUACCAUACAUUAUUGAAAAUAAAACUACUGUUGAUGGUUUACAUCAUCAUGGCGAAGAACAAUAUCGCCCAGGUUACACAAUUGAUGAGCUGUAUUCUUUCCUUCGAAAAAAUCAUGUACCACAAAGAGUCCUUGCUCUAGAUGUUUUAGCAAAACUAAUUUUUAAUGCCUCCUUGUAUGAUGAAGUCUUAAAUGAACCACUUAUUUGUUCUAUAUUAGACUCUGGUAUAUUUAUUCUUUUAAGAAUGUCUUUAGAUGAUACGAAUAUUGCAGUUUUAACCAAUACAUUAAAAGCUAUGGGAAAUUUAUUCUCUAGAAGUAUAGAUGAAAAAAUUUUAUUUGGUUUAUCUGGAUGUAAUUGUGAUGUAAAAUUACCCGUUUACCUUGUGUCAGAUGCAGAAAUUGAUCAAACAGAGUUAGAUAAAUCCUCAGAUUAUGAUUUAGUUAUAUUAGAUUUAGUUUUAGGAGCAUUAAGAACUGAUUUAAUUCUUAGAUUACAAUAUGUAGUUUUUAAUACUAAUAUUAACCUUGGUAGUCUUAUAGAUGUAAGUAAUAUUUUAAUUGGAAUUGCAUUUAGAGGAGAAAAGUAUGCUCUUAUGAUUUUAGACACAGAUUUAUUUAAACAUCUAUGUAAAUUAGUUUUUACUAAUUUACAAAGUAAUGAUUUGUCUAAAAAAGUUAUGACUCUUACUCGUGUGAUAUGUUGUCAGUCUGCUCAAUGCAGUUUAAAAGUAUUUGAAAUGAAAAUACUCGAUUCAGUGUUUAAAUAUAUUAGUUCACCAGAAAAAACACCUAUGCUUUUGGAAUGUCUUUAUUUGUGGCAAACAUUCUUUGAGUAUAAAUUAGCUGGUCAAACUAUUACUGAAGUAGCUAAUUUAGUGCUGAAAUUUGUGGAUCGCUCAAUUGGCUUAAGUGCAGAUUUAACAAAAGUCGAUUUAAACUUAAUGUCAGCUAGUUUAAGCUUAAUAGAUUCAGCUUUAAGAAAUUUUGGUGAAAUUUAUAUUGACCCUGUAUACCAUUUGACUGAAAUUAUUUUAGCAAAACUUCUAGGAAGCACAGAUUUCCCAGAUUUUGAGACUGCAAAAUUGAUAGGGAAUUGCUUGUCAGUUCUAAGCUCUCAAAAUCUGAAAUUUGAUAAUAUCACUCAAAAAUUAAUUAAAUAUCUAAAUACAAAUUUUGAAGAAAUUUGCAAACUGCUCUGUACCAAAUCCUGGUUAAAAAGUAAUUAUACAAAUAAUAGUCCAAAAAAUUAUCCAAAUCUAGGCUAUAUAGAUGUUUCCUUAAAUGGUAGUGAUCCUUUAUUUAUGUUAACUGGUUUAAUGAAAUUUUUAAGCAAAAGUUCUCAUCCAUUUAAUAUACCUAUUCAAUUUUGGACUUAUUUAAAUAACCUUAUGAAAUCAUCUAUAGAAGUAUUACAUUGGUACUCCAAAUACGAAGUGCAAUUUUUAAUAAAUAUGCUAAAAACAUUAGUUUGCAAUAAUACAGAAUUAGAAAUUAUUCACACGAUUACCAUUACUUUAAUAUCAAUUAUUCCUAAACACUUAUCAGAAGAAUUACACAGCCUUCUUGAAUUAUACUUUAAUGAUAAAUAUAUCAAACGUAUCAAUCAUGAUAGCAAUUUUGAUGUUUUAAAAUCAUUUUAUCAAUUAUUUAUACAAAGUUCUAAAAGUAAGCCUGGCAAUAUUUUAAUUACUGAAUUAAAUUCUGUACUACCUAAGGAUUGGUUGUUUCUACCAAUUAUUAAGGUCCAUGAAACAGAGUUUUUUAAGAGUUCAAAAGAAGGUGAAUGUCUUAUUAAAGAAGCAUUAGCUAAUAUACUAUUUAUGGAGAAACACUAUUCAGAUAUCUGUGAACAAACUCCAAUAUCAGCACGUUAUUGUCGUGUAGCUUGUACAUUUAUGUGUGGACGUCGUGGAACAUUAUUUCAUGAAGUUAAGUCAGUGUUAAACCAAAUAUGGCAUAUUUAUGCUCAAAAAAACAAUAGCUUAAGUUUUAAAGAUCCUAUACCAGGAAUUGAAUCAUUUUAUGAAUUUUACAAAACUCUUUGUGAACAUUAUGUUGGUGUUUCUUAUUCUGAUACAGUAUUUGGUGCAUAUAUAAUGCUUCCUCUACAAAUGAAGCAUAAUGUUGAGUUAAGAAAAUUGGUAUGGUCAGAAAUAGAAUUGCCUGAGACCAUUAAUAUAGAUCAAGAACACCUUGAUAGAGUACCAUUAAAUAAUUAUAUACAUCCAGUAGAGACAAAUGAAGAAUUAUUACAAAUGUACACCAAAGCUAGAGGUCUAAGAAGAAAGAUGAUUAUGUAUCAAAUAGCUAUGUCACAUUUAAAACAAAUUAUGAUUUAAUUAUUUAUUUUUAAUUUACUUUUUUUUUUUUCAUAUUUUUA